AACGUGAGUUUGUUGCGGUGGGCAUCGGGAUCGUUAGCUUGGUUAUUCUUCACUCACUCACUCACACUGGAUUAGAGAUCAUCUCACCGAGUUUUGUCGGCAGGGAGGAGUCGCGUGGCGUCUACUAACCCACACACGGACAUUUCGACUUCAUAAACACCUUCCCCGGUCAUUUAGGGCUAAUAAGGACAAAAGGACGGAGGAGUUCCACCGUGGGAAUGACGGAGCCACCGACAAACGCUUGGCAUUAAUCUCGGCCAAAGCAGGGGAUAUACAUUUCGUAACCGGCUGGUAUUGAGAGCAACCUAAGUCUUGGAUCUCGGAAGGUUUCAGCUCGAAAUUAAUGCAUAUCUUAGGGCUGGUGUGCAUGCGUGUAGUUUUAAUGAAUCCAAACAAUAGGCAGUUUGGAGAGGGGAAGUAAGAGUAAUACACGCUUCCUUGUGUUUAGCAGUCAGCCGGCAGGCAGGCAAAGCUCAAUUCCUGUUUUAUACAGCUGGACGCUUCUGAACAGUGUAGAUUUGACAAAUAAUUAGCUCUUUACCGUUGCAUGUUGGUCAAACCCCUCGUUUUACUUAACAACCAGCUUUUGGUUUCUCUCCAGGGACCGCAGGCGCUUUAAACAACUAAUCGCUUUUAGCUCCAUAUCACUAUGGGUGAAGGACGAUAGAUGUAUAUUUUACAGGGAAGAGCAGAUUUAUGCGUCGCUUUGUAAUCUUAUGACAUUGUUUAAACCCUGACAGAAGUUUUAAACUUCCUGCUUUAGUUUUUCUCGGCUCGGAGUGUUAUUGUCAUAAAGAUUAUGGCAGCCGUUGUGAAUUACUCUCCUCCAUGGUGGGUUAACCUACUGCACAGACUGCCUCACUUUAAUCUGCAAUUUGAACAAACCAGCAGUGAUUUUCGCCCAGAGGACUCAUCAUACCAGCAGUCCAUCCUGCUGUUGGGCAGUGUAGCUCUGGCCUGCUUGGCUUUGGACCUCCUGUUCCUCCUCAUCUACUCCUGCUGGCUGUGUUGCCGCCGUAAGAAGAGCUCCGAGCAGCCGAAUGCAGACUGCUGCUGUACUGCCUGGUGCGUCAUCAUCGCCACCCUCGUCUGCAGCGCUGGCAUUGCUGUUGGUUUCUACGGGAACGGUGAGACCUGUGACGGCGUGAAUCGACUGACUUACUCACUCCGUCAUGCCAACCGCACCGUGUCAGGAGUGCAGAGACUGGUGUCAGAAAGUACAUCAGCUCAGAGCCAGACUGUGGACGAGAAUCUUCAGCUACUAAAGGACCAGUAUGCAAAGCAUACAGACUACCUGUCCAUCAUACAGAAACUGCAGGAUCAGCGGGCUGAGCUGGUUCGUCAGAUGGCUGACAUUCCUUUUUGGAACAACCUCAGCAUCUCCUUGGAGGAUCUGGCAACCCAGAUUGAACUAUAUGACUGGUACAGGUGGCUGGGCUACCUGGGUCUGCUGCUGUUUGAUGUGCUUAUUUGCCUGCUGGUGCUCUUCGGUCUCAUCCGCAACUCCAAAGGAACUCUGAUUGGGGUGUGUUUUCUGGGUGUGUUGGCGCUGGUAAUCAGCUGGAGCUCACUGGGUCUGGAACUGACUGUCUCCUCGGGCUUCAGUGACUUCUGUGCGGCACCUGACAUGUACAUUAACGAGGUGUCAGAGCAGUACGCGCUUAUCAAGAAAGAUAUCCUGCAGUAUUACCUCACAUGUAACGUGGGUCAGGUCAACCCCUUCCAACAGAAGCUGUCAGGAAGUCACAAAGCACUGGUGGAAAUGCAGGAUGACGUGUCCGAACUACUGCGCUCUGCAGUCCGAGAAUACCCCAAAACAAAGGAAAACCUUGAGCAGAUUCAGGGGGGGUUGAACACCACUGAGGUUGGACUGCACCAGCUCACUGCCCUUGUGGACUGCCGCAGUUUGCACAUGGAUUAUGUGCAGGCAUUGACCGGCGUGUGUUAUGAUGGGCUGGAGGGUCUGAUCUACCUGGUGCUGUUCUCAUUCAUCACAGCUCUCAUGUUCACCUCUGUCGUCUGCAGCGUGCCGCACACAUGGCAUGGCAAAAGGCCUGAUGAGGACGGUGAGGAGGAGUCCAUGGCUCCUGGAGGCAGACAGAAUCAUGAUAACCUGUACCGAGUGCACAUGCCCAGCCUCUACAGCUGCGGCAGCAGCUACGGCAGCGAGACCAGCAUCCCUGCAGGAGCGCACACCGUCAGCAACGCUCCCGUUACCGAGUACAUGACCCAGAAUGCAAACUUCCAGAACCCUCGCUGUGAGAACACUCCUCUGAUCGGGAGAGAAUCUCCUCCUCCAUCUUACACAUCCAGCAUGAGGGCCAAGUACCUGGCAAACUCCCGACCCGACCCCAACAGCAGCAGCUCCGCAGCAAACUAGAGGAACACUGUCUCCUUUCCCUUCAGUGUAAAGCUACCCCUCAUCCACGUCUUGUUCCCACAGCCCAGACAAGUUUCACCCCAGGCCUACCCAUUUAGCCAUGUUGAUCUUUGAUGCGCACUCUCCAACCCAGCUGAUAAAGGACGUCCUUGCAUCAUGUAAAUACUGCUGUCAGAGGAAUGUUCCAGAGGCCUCUUGUGCUGUUUCCAGUUGGCCGGUUCAGUUCAGGCAGCUAGUUCAGCGUGGCGGCAGCAGAGGGUUACUCUCAGCCCUGAGUGUUUGUGUGUGUGCGUGAGCGUCUGUAAUGAGUAUGAACUGCAUUAUGUACAGAUACUUUGAGUGACGUGUGUGUGUAUGUGUGUGUUGAUCCAUGCUGCCCUUGCUCUAUUGUGGUGCUCUUGCCAGAGGUUCAGAAAGGUCCAGAACUGAAGAACUGGACAGGGUUUAAUGCCCAUAACUCUAGAGUCCGGAAUGGCCUCUGUCCUCUGGUCAUUUGAAGUAAUGUGACCUUCUCCAUUUGCAGGACCUACUGCCACGUCCAGCUCUGCAGUUUACAUCAGUGGCAUCUACUGUAAUAUAACUAAACCAAUCUAAUCUUAAUAGUGUGAGAAACUCUUGAGCAUUGAGACGUUCCCUAGAACUCAGUAAUUAAGUUCCUCUUGUUUUUGGGUUUGGAUAGCAGCUUUUAAGUUGACAAAUUGGGAUGAUAGCUAUUCUAAUGAAAUGGUGUGAGAAAUAAAGCCAGAAACAUGCUCCACGCUAGUACAGAAAUGCAGACGUGAACACCUAGUUAGUCUGUUGCAAAUCUGUUGAUGUGUUAUAUAUAAUCUGCAUAUGUCUAUCUCCAUACUCAAGGGGGCGAUAGAGAACCAGAUGUUUUUAUUCAGGUAACUAGCUGAGCAAGCAUGUUUCACUAUUGAUUGCUCCAAUAUAGUCAACUUGAAGGAGUGAAUAAAAACGAGUGAGUGAAUUUGGACACUUAGUUAAUUAAUUAAUUAAUUUGGCACGACGCUCUUGUGCUUUGGUAUAGAGUGGUGGAACUGUGACGUCACUUUGUAGGCCAAUCGGCAGAUAGCAUCACGAUGGUUCCCUCGACAAUAACCCAAUAGGAUUUUCCCAAAGGCUUUUGUAUUAUCACAAAAAGUAAGUUCUGUGAUCAACAAAAGUUUAUGAUACUUACAUGUUUUGUCCAUCAAGAUAAUUUUCACAGAUGAACACAACUACUUAAGUUGAACUACACCACGGUCACACAAGUUCAACAUCACUACCAACGUAACCACUUGAUAGCAACCGUCAUUUUCAAGACAUGUAACAGCUUAAAAGAUCACGGGUAGGUUAAUACUGUUGUUGUUUUUAUGUCGUAGAAUAAAACGUGAAAGUAUCUUGAGCUUGAGUUAACCACAGACCUGAUUUCAGCCGUUUAACCAAAUCUAUUAAAAAAAAAAAAAACAUUAACUUUGGGACAAUGGAACCGGAAGUGCUAAAAUGCUACCUCGCUUCCGUGGUUUGGCCUACAAAAAUGCGUCAUAAUUUCAGUACACUCGAUAAUGUCCAAAUAUUGCACUAUGUAAGGCUAUAGGGGUGAUUUUGGACACAGCCCAAGUUUCUCUUCAAAAAGUUGCUUUGUCAUGACAGUAAUAGACCUUAAAGAAAACAUUUGAAAUAAGAUAAAAGCUAAUGCUCGCUUUGGCAAACUUUAGUUGCGUUACAAAUUGCAGAAUUAUGUGUGAAAUCAUAGAAUAGCUAGCUUUUGUGUUUCUGUACUUGUAUAGUAUGUUUCGGGCCUAAAUCUGUAGCAUACGCUGGUUGUAAGAAGAGUGGGUUCUUUCAUCUCAUUUACAGGCUUGAGUUUUUGGUGGGAAGUUACGGUUUGUAGGUGCUGUGUAACUAUUGAAAUCCUUGUAGGGUUUUUCUCAAUACACAUGGACUGCAUUAAACAAACUACUCAUUUAACUGGGCUAUAUCCACUGCCAUUGCUGGAAAACCUGGAAAAACAGAGCCGGACAAACCAGCCUAACAAAGAGGAAAUUGAGAAAUCAUCAUCAGAUUGUUGACCAAACCCUGAUGAUCUGGAUUUUGACCAAACGAUGAUGAUGAUCUGGACAACCUCAAACUGGAUUUGUAUUCAAGUAUUUUUAGCUCCAUUCAAUCUGAAUUUAGCACGAGGCUAAAAUUCCUUUGUCUAAUGCUGGGACCUUAUCUGAACAUUACAUUUGUCCUAAUACUGUACAAGCAUGGAGACGCUGGGACCAGCUCAGACGAUUUAUCAUCGCUUAUCAAUUCUAAGCAAGAGGCUGGGAGGAGUUCAUUGUACUGUACACAAUGUAAACUGAACAUUUUAACCUUAAUUUUGCUGAUCGGAUGAGUCCUCAGGGAGGGGGACACCAAUAUGGCAGAAAGUGAAGUCAUCAGUGGCCUGUCUUGUAUUUUUUCCUCAAAGAAACAGAAAGAAGGCCGCAAGCUUCAGUACCUUGUGCUGUAAUUCAGUGUGACUUUCAAAAGCCCACAAUUUCCUGGGCUUGUUGCUUCUGUACCACAAAUUGCUUUCAUUCCCAGAGUUGAGGGGAAACUUGCCAUCCCUGAAGAAGACAUAAAAGUGAUGUGCUGUCAAACAGAAUAUUUUCCUCUUGAUGAGAGCACAGACACACAGGAGACAAUGCCAAGAGCUGGCAUCUGAUCAGGGUGAACUCCCUUUCUCCUCAAAAGACCCCUCUCUGAUGUUAUAGACUGAGACUCUGCAUGUCUGGACCUCAUAUAAGGGUGCCAGUGUUCUCAUACCAUGGGCAUCAUCUGUCUCACCUUCACACACACCUCAGGACCACCUCCUUCCCUCAUACUGCCAACAUCAGAAUUUCAGGGCAUGUCAUGUGCUUACCACAUAUUCAGGGCUCAACAUUAAGAAGUUUUUAUCAGGUUCACUUGCCCCACCAAAAACAGCUACAUUUUUAUCAUGCACAUGUGCCAGAAUUUGUUUGGAAUUUACUGUAUGUAUAUGUAAUGUAUAAUCUCUAACCUGACAGCUCUAAAUUCAUAAUGAUAAAGUCUCAUGCUGACCACGGUCGAGUGGAUCAUUCUUAUUGUUGAGCCCUGAUUUUCCAUCUCAGAGAGAGUUGUGUGGGGGCUGCAUGCAUGCAUGCUUUGUAAAUGCAGACGUGAGACUUAAAACAAAUCCCAAUGUGACAAAAUUGCUCAGAGACUCCCAGACUUUUAUGAAAUCAAGCAAGAACUUCAUGGUGAAGAGAAUUAAAGGGAUGCAUUACAGCUAUAAACAAACAGAGAGCCUUGAAUUGUGUUAUUCAGCUCAUUAUUUGACCAUGUGAGGUUUUUUUUCCCUUUUUCUCAAAGCAUGGUCAUCCUAUAGAUGUGGAGUGGAACCAUGAUGUGUGCUACUGACGCUUGCAUUGCUUUCUCGGUUGAUGCUAUUUUGAUCGAUGAUGAGGUCUGUACAAUCCUCGACUGUGCCAAUAACCACCAGCUUUGUACCUUCCGUGAAUCUCUAAAUGUUUUUCAUCCUUGAAAUGGACUUUUUCUCUCACGAGCUCUGCGUGGCCCGAGCAAAUGAGACACCUGUGAACAUGAGCCUGACGUUGUGGGAGUAUUUUUAUUUUUCUCUGUAAAUGAACACGUUUGUGAUGAUGCAAUCUCUCUCUGUUUUCACAUCACCAUUUACUCCUUGGUAAUGUCUUACUGCAAAGAUAACAGUACAUUAAACAAAUGUCUGCAAGAAAAUGGCCCAUUAAGGACAUGAAAUUGUUAUAUCAGUACAAACAGAUCAUUUUUAAUUAUCUUUUUAUUUGGAAUUCUUAGUCUGGCAUAUUUUGAUUAUUAGCAAGCACAAAAUAUUUUGUCUCUUUCAUGCGAAUAAAUGAUUUUGGUCUUUUAUCGAGAUGUUUUUAUAUGACUUCACUGUAGGAUGACCUUUUUCAGUUACUAAAAUAUUGUAAAUGUUUUAUUGAGCUUGAACUUUCAGAUUAAACCUAACAUUAACUGAUAAA